AGCGAGAGACCAAGAGCCGCCCUAUCUGUCUCCUUCGCCUUUCUUCGCCGCUCAGUCGGCCCCUCGGCUGCAGCCAGAGCCACAGCGAAGCGGACCUUGCCAAGCCCCCGUCGCCAGCGCCCGCUCUCUCUCUCUCUAACUCGCUCGCGCACCAACCAACCAGGCCGGAGCCGCGCCGGGCCGCGCCUUCCCUUGGCUGCUUUUUUCUGCUGCGUCCUGGGCGGCGCGCGCUCUCGCUCUCCCUCUCCCGGGCGCAGCUGCUGCUUUGCUGGACGCGCGUUCCUAUAGGGCGCUGCAAACAUCCAAUCCAAGGGAGCCCGGAGGACGACGGGGCGGCUUUCAGCUCGGCUGCCGUCGGAGAUCCCGACCCAAAAGUUUCCUGCGCCUGCAGCGACAGCGCCGGAGCAUCCAGUUCCUUUGCGCCUCGCUUGCUGGGUUUUGUCGGGGGCGCUUUUGCCUCUCCGCUUGGAUUCGCCAAGGGUCUUUUUGGAGUUUGCGCCUGGGGGUGAGUCUCUGCGCGCCUCCCCUUCUUCUGCCUGUGUGGGGAGGGGGGCGGCGCCCAGCGCUGCUUUUUCCUCUCUCCCCCCACCCCACCGCCCCGCCGGUCCUUCUGCCGGUUCCGGCCAGCUAAGCGAGCGCCGGGUGGCGGGCGCCCCGUCGGCGGCUCGGCGCCCCCGUCGCCAUGUCCAUGCUGCCGUCUUUCGGCUUCACGCAGGAGCAAGUGGCGUGCGUCUGCGAGGUGCUCCAGCAAGGCGGCAACUUGGAGAGGCUGGGCCGCUUCCUGUGGUCGCUGCCCGCCUGCGACCACUUGCACAAGAACGAGAGCGUGCUGAAAGCCAAGGCGGUGGUGGCUUUCCACCGGGGCAACUUCCGCGAGCUGUACAAGAUCCUCGAGAGCCACCAGUUCUCUCCGCACAACCACCCCAAGCUGCAGCAGUUGUGGCUCAAGGCCCACUACGUGGAAGCCGAGAAGCUGCGCGGCCGGCCGCUGGGCGCCGUGGGCAAGUACCGCGUGCGGAGGAAAUUCCCCUUGCCCAGGACCAUCUGGGACGGCGAGGAGACCAGCUACUGCUUCAAGGAGAAGUCCCGGGGCGUCCUGCGCGAGUGGUACGCCCACAACCCUUACCCCUCGCCCCGGGAGAAGAGGGAGCUGGCCGAAGCCACCGGCCUCACCACCACCCAGGUCAGCAACUGGUUCAAAAACCGCAGGCAGCGCGACCGAGCGGCGGAGGCGAAAGAGAGGUGGGUGCUGCUGUUUUGCAAGUCGGAGGAGCGGAGAGGGCGACCAAAUUUUAUCUGGGGUGUGUGGGGUGUGUGGGUGUGAGAGAGAGACCUCCAGAGAGACGGGCAGACGUACAGACAGAGAGCAAGCCCAGCUAAACGCGCUGAGACUUGCAUCCGAGUAAGCACGUGUAGGCUCCCGCUAUCCGGAAUUAUCCAUAAGUAUCCGGAAUUAUCCAUAAGAUAACGUAAGGUAGGAUUCAGCCACAGGUAGGCACUUUUGCAUCGCAGCCUUAUACAUGUCUAUUCAGAAGUCAGUCUCGUUUGGGUUUAUGGGGCCUUAAACACCCCCCCCCCCCAGGUAUGUUGGAUAUAUCGUUGGAGCCUAAAUUUAUGGUGAUUUAUAUAGGAAAUCUUAACUUUGGCUGGAUGGUAUCCUGUAUUCAUUACCAACUAUGCCAAAUGAUCAUUCCUAGCGUUUAUAAUAAUAACAGCAAUGAUUUUAUUAUUUAUACCCCUACCCAUCUGGCUGGGAUUCCCCAGCCACUCUGGGCGGCCUACAGUACAUAUAACAACAUAGCAAAACAUCAAAAACUUGCCGAUACAGUUUACCAUCCCCAUUGAUUUUUAGGCUGCAAUGGUAUUACCUGGAAUAAUAAUACCCUCGCCUAAAGUACUUGUCUCUCAAUAGACAUGCCUAGGAGGAGGUUCCUAGUGACACGGUUAAGACAGGAAUGUUAAACCCUGCUUUACCUGGGAGUAAUCCCAUUGAGUUCAGUGGGACUUGCUUCUGAAUGGACAUUGUUAGGAUUGCAUCAUGCCACCCUGACCGUGAAACUCAUUGGGCCUUCAGGGCUCAGAUGGGCCUGGAUCGUGUCCCUAGGGGCUCUUACUCGCUUCUGAAAUCUGCGCACAGCCUACUGUGUCAUGUUAAAUACCUGUUAGUCAAGAGUACUAACAGGUAUCCCAUAGAAAGGCCGUGUCUUGGUGAAAGAGGGCCUUCUCAAAACCUCUUCAACUCCUUCCCUUGAUUGUUGCUUCCAAACUUCUCCUUCCUCCUAUUAUGUCCUGAGGGAGGAGAAUGAAAAUAAUCACACCCUUUGCGGCAUUUUCCUGAUGUGGAGUUGUUACAGUUUCUGGCGCUCAGCACAAAUAAACGUCACUGCAGUCCUGCUUGGCCUAAGGGGGUUAUGCAAAUAUAUAUAUAUAUUGAAAGGACAAGGUAACUGGAAGGCCAAGAUUUCCAGAGUGGCAGCUGCGUCCGUCUCUUGCAGGAAAACAAAUCAGAGUCUUUUGUCACCUUAAAAGACUACACAUUUGUCAGGGCAGAAACUUCUGUGGACUGAAGCCCACUAACCAGACCAGCACACCUUGCAAAAGGUUCCAUUUGCACCUCUGUUCCCCAUUUCCUUUCCUCUCCUGGGGCUAGUCCAGAGUUCCCUGUACUUGAUAGAAGCUAUCCUGAUUCUUUUGGUGCCCAGUAAUACUUCCACUCUCCCCUUUAAUCCUCUCCCCCCCCCCAUUCCAGAAAAAGCCCCCUUCCUAUUAGAUACAUCUCCCAAGCUGCAGCAGGAUGAGGCAUAUGAGCAAAGGAAAUAAAAGUGACCAGGAAUAACACCCUCUCUUGUUUAUGGUUCCGCUGGGUUUAUUGUGGGCUCAGAAGUCUCCAGACUGGAGUGUUGUGUCUCAGUUUGGCACUGUUUGAAAACCCAAGCUAGCUCCCUGGUGAGUCCACGAGCCACCACUUCCCUUUUGGAGUUGGUUUUUAAAAAAAGAAUAAAAAUAAAAUAAAAAAAUAAAAUUUAAAGUACUGGAGGUCAAAGAGGUGAGAAGGGUGAUAGGGGAAGCCGGAAGAGGACUUUGCAGCUUGAGUCUCCUAAGCCUGUUUGAGCAAAAGUAGGUCUCAAUGUUCUUGGCUUUGCUUACUCCUGAGUUAGUGUGCAUCCGAGAACAGUGUGCUUGUGAUUUUUAAAAAAAAUAUAAAAUGGCCAGCAAUAGGUUAGACAGGAGGUCAACUCAGCUAGCCCGCAUGCUUUUAGAUACGCACACAAAGGCUGCAAUCCUCAACACACUAUAAUAAUAAUAACCAAGUUGAAAAGAUAAAUCAUGGAAUUAGGAUGAACUCUAACCUCAGUUUUCCCCACAGAUUAGCCUUGGGGGUUGCAGUCCCUUACCUGGGAGUAAGCCCCAUUGAAUGCAGUGGGGCUUAACUUCCGAGUAAGCACGCAUAGGCUUGAUGGAGCAGUCUCCAAAGCUCCCCCCCCCCGUGAUGCAGGAGGCUGUGGGCAGACUUCCCCCACUCCUAGCAGACCGCGAGGGGGUUAAUCAAAGGAGCUGGAUGGGUGAGGUUAUAGGGAGUCGUUUAUCUUCCUUGCAACCCCAGCCACACCCCGCUUAAAUUGACGUACUUGACUUUAGGAAGGUUUACAUGUGUUUAGGAUUAGGGUGUCAGUCCCAUUGAUGACUCCCAGAUCCUCCCCACACAAAACUCGGCAGUAGGUGCAGAAAUGAGCCCCUAGUAUCACAAUAAUUCAUGCAUUAUCCAAGUCCGGGGGAACUUAUUCCCACCCGGUUUUACGCGGCGGAGUGGGAUGCCGGCCUCAAAGGCGGUUCUGUUUUAUAUAGGUUUUUAGCAGCAUCAAAAAUAACGGGGGCGGAAGGGGAAGGAGGGGGAAAUAAAUGCGUGCCCCAAGAGGUCACAAUCUAAAUUGCCGAAGGAUAACAACCCAAGCUUCCUCCCCGCCCCCCACCCCAUGCAUUCAAAGAAUCCCGGGAGCUGUACUUUACCCCCGCAGAGCUACAAUUCCCAGCACCCUUAAGCUAUAGUUCCCAGGAUACUUUUGGCCGGGCGCGCUUGCAAUGCAAAGAAAAGGUUGCCGAGCAAUGGAUCGGCCAUCCCGGUGGAGCCGCGGGGCCGAGUGUCCAACUUGGCGGCUCCUCUGUUGUGAAGUUGGGACGAAUUGGCGCAGACUCUGGUUUCAGCUGCUGAGGCUUUUUUUUUUUUAAUUAUUAUUUGUUGCAAACCGGACCCCGGAAGAGGGAGAGAGGGGAGGGAAACCGGAGAUCUGUGAGACCCGGUUAUCUCCUGGGCUUAAUGUUACUCUGCCGGUAACAAGUUAGUGCCUUGAGAGGGGAGGGAAAGGAAGGGGUCGAGGAGACCCAGCGCCUUUCCUGUCCAUCAGAUCUUGAAUACAUGGACGUGACAUAUACAGUAUACACAUACAGUACUGUAUUCAUCCCCACCCCUGCCCCAUCUCUCUUGUUAGUUUGCCUUCUUUACUGGCUGGAUGGGGGGGUGGGUAAAUGAUGCCUCCUCACCCCCCCCCCAAAGUAAAUGUGCAUUGGUUAGUGAUGGGUCAUUUGGCACAAACAGCGCAUCCAGAGAGAGACUCGUUCCUAGCCUGCUGUUGGUCCUGCUUCGCUCUGGAGAUGGAACUAGAUGAUGAUGAUGAUGAUGAUAUUUGUACCCCGCCAGUCUGACUCGGUUGCCCCAGCCACUCUGGGCAGCUUCCAGCGUAUAUAAAAACAUAAUAACGUAUAUAAAAACGUCACUUUCCCCAGAUUUUUCUGGACUCGCAUGCAAUUAAAUAAACAAGCAAGCAAGCAAGCAAACUGGUGCCUAUCGGAGAAGAUUCACCCAUUAAGAGUUCAGGAUAUAAUAAAUACAUAUACAAUAAUAAUAUAAGUAAGGAGCUGCGUUGAUCUUUAUGUGUUCCACUUCAUUUUUUUAACGGUUAGAGUUUUUUCUGCGCUCAGAGAAGAAGCUACGUCCACUUCCUUGCCUACUGGUCAAUUGCUGGGACAACUCCCCCCCCCCCCCGGAUUCUGAUUAAACUUGGCAUGGAUCGGGGCAUUUCCCCUCGAGUAAACGUCAUCUGAACAGCACAGAAAGGUUUUAAAAGGAAUAAAAACCGAGCAUCUGAUCCACGCGCUUGGGAGUUAGCUCGAGGGGACUCCGAGGUUUGGGUAAGCAGAGGGGAUCUCCGCAGGCACGCCCGACCUCUUCUUUUCCGGGGAAGGCGUAACGUGUGAAUGUAGGCUAGAAAGCUGGAGGGAUACUUUUAAAAUAAUAAUAAUACCUGACACUAGUUUAAUAGCUUUCGUUAUAAUAAAUCAAUUAGCCUUAAUCUUUCGGUAUUUACACUUUGGCAAAUACUUUUUUGACGCCUGAUGUUGCAAAAACUCCCAUCUUUUGCUCUCUCUGUUUGUGCACGCUUGUGAAUAUUGUGGGGAGGGAAGAGCAACCAUUUUAUUUAUUUAUUAUCAAAAAGCCGAACUGAACCUUGUGGCUCGGUUUAGGUUCCCGGGGAAAGGCCCAAACCGGUUUAACGCGUCGCUUGCGAAACUGCAUUGAAAUGGUUUUUUUUUUCUUUUCUGCGGCUGUUUCCCCCGCAUCCUGAGCAUUCCAGAGUUGAAAGCUCCGUUUUCCAAAAGAGCGAAGGUCCUCGGCGGUUAUUUAUUAUUUUUAGCUUCCAUCCUAAACAUUUAGAGGGUUGUGCUGCUGGAAGCGGCUGUGCAGAGACACAGCUUUUCCAAAUGCAUUUUAUUUUUCGACGCCGCGACGUGGACGCGUCUCCUUCACCUAAGCUAACACUGACAUCACUUCGGCUGAGAUGUUCCGGCUGCAGCUGUCUAAAUAGGAGGCCAAAAACGUGGCAGCUGCAACGAUGAAGCCAUUAUUAAAAUAUGAACCACUCUUCAGAGAAUUGUAAAACACACACAUGCGCGCGCGCACACACACCAUUAUUUGGGGUUUCUUCCUCCACCUGAGGCCGUAGGCACGAUCCACACUAAGAAAACUCUUUGGAGAUCCCCUGAUUGCUGCGGGAGAGAUUCACUCCAUACUCAUUGCAACCUUCACCGCAUUUACUAGGGAGUAAAACCCACUGGAUUCAACGGGUUUUACUUCUGAGUAGACGUGGUUAGGCUUGAGCUUCUGGUCUGCCUAGAUCUGUAAAUAUCUUUCCGUGAGCUCUUGGUCGUGUGAAUGCAAGGAAUGUGCGCGCGCCCCCGCCUGCUCACUGCUCACUUAAAUUCUAAUUUCUCACACCCUUGUUUUUACCCAUCCGGUAGGGAAGGUUCUCAAUACCUUUUCUUGGCUGUAAAUACAAACCGUUCAAUCCCGAUCCACUCCGUUUCUUAAUCCGGAUUAACUAAUGCCCUGAGAUUCCACUCUCCUAAUAACGGAAAUUGAUUUGCAAUUCUCACUGCAGCCAUAAACAUCCCCUGAAAGAGGGAACAAUUUAUAAUUCACAGAUUGUGUGACUGUGUAAUACUGUAUAGCCAAAGGAGUAUGAAGUCGGAGAUGUUAAGAGAACCACCGAGAUACGAUUUGCCUUCAAGCAAAUGUAUUUAGGGGCUCAGCUGUGGACCCAUCAGCCUGAAAUCAGUGGGGAUCAUUACUCCGAUUUUUAAACACCCUUUUUGAAAUUCAGUCCCAUGGAUUUAUUUAUUUUUUACAGCGUGCUGUUGAUAAUCGGGAUUUUGUACCCAGAUCCCCAACGCGCACCCUGCGUGGAAGCAGAAACCACCGACAAGCUUCAGUGGCGAGUAGGACUAUCUGGGGUUCAGAAAGGCUUCCUGAGAAAUGCCCUCCCCCCAUGCCAAUUUUUGUCUGGCCGUUCUACUCCGCCCGAGACUCGCGUGUUUGACCUAGGUUGUGUGAAUGCGCACUUGCCUUAGGCGCGAUCGCUUGUUCCUCGCAGAGAGAGGCAGACUUUCGACUCCAGCGAAAGUCGCUGUUCAGGGGACCCGCGCAGAAAGAAGGGAGGCGCAGGAAGGUCGCCUUUUAAGCUGCCCCGCCCCCAUCUCAACGGAGCUGCCCGCAGGAGAGAAAUCUCCGUGCGCAGUACUCGCCACGGGUCUUACUUUACUUCCAAGCAAAGCUGCUCCGCUAGAUCACCUCUAAGGGGGCAAUAGAUGCCCCUUUACCAGGAGUGAAACAACAGGUUUUCUGGUGCUUAGAUCGGAUAGAAAUGUGCGCUAUAUUAAACUGCAGUUAUUACCUCCCCUUGUUUGGCAACGAAGCCGCAAUUGCUACGGGCGACAGACGCAGCUUUCGCUUCUUCCGUUCCCCCCACCAGAGUGCAAGGAAAAGGUUGCGUGUUUGCAUUUAUGUAGAGGCGACCGUGUUCUGCUGUCUCCAUUGCAGACGAUCCGGGGAUUGCCUGGUUGUCUGUAUCGGCCUACCACGCAGAAAAGAUUGGUGUUUUUUCCUUUUCGUUUUCUAUGUAUGCAGGGAGAGCGUGGGGAGAGAAACAGUGACUCAGACAAAAUUAUAUAUUUUUAUAGGGAAGGGGACAACUUUCACUCUUUCUGGCUAAGUUCCACCAAGUUAAGAAAUCCUGAUUCUAGCAUUCACCCCCUUGGAAAGAAAAUGCUUUUUGCUUCUCGAGGGUGAGUGGGGGAGAUUUAUUACAGAAAAUGUUAGGAGCUCAGGACAGUAUUGUCCAUCUUCUGAGCUAAUGUGAAAUUAAGGUAGCUUUUAGGGUUCUAUGUGUGGUUUUUAAAAACCCUUUCUUUGAAGUUAUUUAGGGCAUGAGCCAGCCAACUAUUAAAGCAGUUGCUUUUCUCAACUCUGAUAAUCCAGUCUUAAUCUCUCACACUUUGGCUUCAACCUGAUCUUGGACCUAUCCUGUCUUUUUUCACAUUUGUAAAAAAAAAAGUUGCUUUUUUUAAAAAAAGGCCAAGCAUACUUUAUUUAAAAUAGCUUUUAGGCUGCCUUGAAGGGCAAAAACAAGGUGGUUUGCAAGAUAAAAGGAGAAUAAAUUGUGUGUUUUCCUCAACCGAUUUCAAAACACGACAAAACAGAAAUUUCUGGAAGUUUCCCUCACCUUUUCUCUGACUUCUGUUAUACUCUGAUUGUACAACAUUCUCCUUUGGAAACGAGUCCCAUUAAUCUAAAUCUUUUUUAAGAUCUUAAAGGGGUUAUUUAACCUGACAGAAGGACUGCCUUGGUACUCAAGACAAAUAUCUGACUUUCCCCCAGAAAACAAAAGUCAACGAAUUUUCAGUUUUUGCCCUUCUAACCCUCAGCAUUCAUGGAAGUUAGAUCUACUGAUUUCAGUGGGACUUCCAAGGCAAAGUGUUCAACAGAGCAGCCUUAAAAAGAAGGGAUAUUGUGCAUAGUUCCUUAGGCCCCAUUGAACACAGCAGGGUGGGCGCUUAAUUCUGAAUAGAUGAGCGGUGGGAUCUGGGAGUGCACCAUGACAAACAGAUUCUAUUGUACAGUUUCCUUGAAAAUAAGCCUAGCGAAAUUUCAACCCGAUUUAUAUCUGCUGAGAAACACCAUACUGAAAUAUGUGCUGCCCAAAACCUCCUUUUGCUGUGUAGAAUGGCUAUAUAAAUGGUGUUUAGCAUCCAGAGCUCUCCUCCCCACACACUGUGAUUCCACUACGUGGCUUACUUGAGAGUAAGUACCAUCAGAGAAGCUUACUUCCAGCACCAGGACUUUAAAACCGCUGGUGGCUUGAGCGAGUGACAGUGAACUUUCGGUAGAGUUUUCCCCUUGCGCAAUUGCAUUUCUGCCAAUUUCGGCUGAUGGGACAUUCAUUCCCUCCCCUCCUUGGCCCUUGCUUUUGCAACCAGCUUGGUCUAUGACCAGUUUCUCAUUUCUCUGCCUCUCUUUUUCCCAGGGAGAAUACGGAGAACAACAACACUUCCACGAACAAACAGAACCAGCUGUCUCCCCUGGACGGGGCGAAGCCGCUCAUGUCCAGCUCGGAAGAGGAGUUUUCGCCCCCACAGAGUCCGGAUCAGAACUCAAUCCUCCUGCUCCAGGGCAGCCUCAGCCAUGCCAGAAACUCCACCUAUUCCUUGACGGGCUUGUCCGCCUCCCAGGCGACUCACGGCCUCCAAGCCCACCAGCACCAACUGCAGGACUCUCUCUUAGGCCCUCUCACCUCCAGCUUGGUGGACUUAGGUUCAUAAUCCGGAGAAACAGAGAUGGGGGUUUCUCCCACCGCCGCCACCCCCCAGUGGUUUGUAAAUAAGGGGACAUUGUCAUGAAUUAUUUUUCCUUCCUGCUCCCAUUGCCCAACCCACUCAGUUUUUGUUUUGUUUCCCGAGAGCUCACCUGGCGAUUCUUAAGUGACUUCUAAAGAUCUCUUCCGAAGCCCUUCUCUGACCCCCACAAAGGCCUGUCUCCACUUCUCAUUUAUCCAGCUCUCCUCCUGACAUCCUUGUCAUUAUGUCUUAGCGGAAGCCAAACAGAGAUAGCACACACCCAUGGGCAUGCUAUAAACAAAACAACACCCCCCCAACACACACAACAGGCACACCCCUUUGCCCCCCUCCAUUUGUGUCUCAUAUAUAUAUAUAUAUGCUUGUCAGCCAGAAUUACAAAUGAAUUCUUUUAUUUAAAACGUUGGUGGGCAUCACCCAGCGAAAUCAAGCGUUUAAGUUUUUAAAUAUGAGUGUUGAGCUUUAUAUAAAGUGCUUGGUUUUUUUGGCUGGAUCUUGUCUGUUCCCUUUCCUGUACACUAUUAUAGUGGGGGGGGGGGGAUAUUUUAAGCAGGAACUGGGAAGCGUCUUCGCUCGGAAAUUAAGUCCUCCUAAAGUCAGUGGGACUGGCAGAACAAUCCUGUUCAUAUUUACUCAGAAGUCAUUUAAAUGGGGCUUACCCCACCCCCCAGCCCUAAGACUGCAUAAUUCUUCAGCCUUUACUUUCUACUAAGUGUGUCUUGGGCUGUCUCCAUAGGCAGUAGUGAGGUUGUUGUCCUGGCUUUGAAUUCUUAGGAAAUAUGAAAGCGGGGGUUGGGGGGGUUGAAAGAGGAGUAGUGUAUCCUAAAACUUUUGUUUUGAAAGUUUGGAGAUCUGGCGAGGGCAAAUUUAAGUUUACAUUUUUCUUCUUGGUCAGAUGUAGCGUUCUGAAAAAGAUUUUGAAGUAGCUUAAAAACUGAAAAGUUGAUGAUGAUGCAGUAUUAGGUGAAGAAUGUAAGUGCCUAUGUCUUAACGCAGAUCGUGUGAGGCCUUUUUACGUUAGAGUAAAUUUUAAGUGUGACGGUACACUCAUGUCAGUCAUUUUUACGUUUGUGGUGAAUUUAGGCAAUUAAUCCAUGUGACUCUUUUUUAAAAAACAACAACAGCAACAACACAAAACCCAACAAAACACAGCGACGACAAAAAUAGGAACAAUUUUACCCAGACAUAUAUCUACCAUAACCCACGUUCUUUUUAUAGGUUUUCUUUCUGUCUGUCUCAACUUUACCUCCUUCCCACCUCACCUCCUAGUUUGGCUUGCAAAAAUAUACAGGGGGGGAAAUAAAAAUCAAAGUGGCAAUUUGAUUUUUGUUACCAAUAGUAGCAUGUGCUUUUUCUUUCCAGGUUUCUUGUACCCAAAGAAGUCUAAAUUAAAUCAUGAUAAGAAGACUG